GGGCUGGUCUGGUCCGAUCUGAAAUCGGGCCAACCCGGUCCGUUAGCCACCUUUGGUAGGGAGAGCAUAUAAUUUCCCAGAGUAGAACUUUACGUGGACAUAUACUGAAAACGUUGAAACUGCUGAGACAAACGCCACUGGUCAAAGUCCCAAGACCCAAGCACAGGAAGCUACUCCAGAAGAACAGAUCAAUGGAGAGCGGCAGCGCAUUCGCAGGGCUUCAUCCGCAACCCAGUUCUAAUCACCUUCUCGGCCCAUCACGAACCGCUAUUAAGCUUCUUCCUCCUGCUAAUUCCUUCACCGACAAACGCCGUUUUGCUCCUCUCUCUUUAAAGCUUCAGAAGCAGUCACAUUUUGCUUCUUAUAGUAGUAAUAGCUCCCAAAACAAUGGGAGUGCUCUUCAGGUGGCCUCUCCUGCAAGUACAACACCUGAAUUAGCCGAUAUCGAUUGGGAUAACCUUGGCUUUAGCAUUACGCCUACUGAUUAUAUGUAUAUCAUGAAAUGUUCUCGAGAUGACAACUUUUCCAAGGGUGAGCUACAGCGUUUUGGGAACAUCGAGUUGAGCCCAUCUGCUGGGAUAUUAAAUUAUGGACAGGGACUGUUUGAAGGUUUAAAAGCCUAUAAAAGACAUGAUGGUAAUAUAUUGCUAUUUCGACCCGAGGAAAAUGCUCUGCGCAUGAAGAUGGGAGCAGAACGUAUAUGCAUGCCUUCACCAUCUGUUGAACAGUUUGUGGAAGCAGUAAAAGCCACUGUUUUAGCAAAUGAAAGAUGGAUUCCUCCUCCAGGUAAAGGUUCAUUAUACAUAAGACCGUUGCUUAUGGGGAGUGGAGCUGUUCUUGGUGUUGCUCCAGCUCCUGAGUACACAUUUCUGAUUUAUGUAUCACCGGUGGGAAACUAUUUUAAGGAAGGUAUGGCACCAAUAAAUUUGGUAAUUGAGACAGAAAUGCACCGUGCAACUCCUGGUGGAACUGGAGGUGUCAAGACUAUAGGAAAUUAUGCAGCAGUUCUGAAGGCACAGAGUGCUGCUAAAGCUAAAGGCUACUCUGAUGUUCUGUACCUUGAUAGUGUGAACAAAAGAUAUCUUGAGGAGGUUUCCUCUUGUAAUGUUUUCAUUGUGAAGGGCAAUCUGAUAACAACUCCUGCAAUUAAAGGAACCAUUCUUCCUGGUAUUACACGAAAAAGCAUAAUUGAUGUAGCUGUAAGCCAAGGAUUCCAGGUUGAAGAACGGCAUGUGUCUGUGGACGAAUUGCUUGGUGCUGAUGAAGUGUUCUGCACAGGAACUGCAGUGGUUGUAUCUCCUGUGGGCAGUAUUACUCACAUGGGAAAAAGGGUAACAUAUGGAAGUGAUGGGGUUGGUCGUGUAUCGCAACAGUUAUAUUCUGCUCUUACUAGCCUACAAAUGGGACUAUCAGAGGAUAAGAUGGGUUGGAUUGUCGAGCUGAAGUGUGCUUUUGCAUCUAAGGGAUAGCACCUUUGUGUUCUCCUUUUGCUAAAAUUUGUGUAAGUUUUUGACUUGUGACAUAGACUUGUCUCUUUAUCAGUUAACAAUUUCGGUGAUUAUAUAUACUGGGUGAAGGAGAAGUAACAGCUGGGUGUUGUAAAUUUUUCCUCUAGACCCCAAAAAGACACAAGUCUGUUUGGUGAAACUGCUUUUUUCUGAUAAUUUUCAAUUUUAUCCUUGUGAAAACUCCAUUAUUGUA